AUGAUAGCAGCCGCUCAAAAAGAUGUUAAAGCCUCGAGUCUCGGCCAGAUACAUCAAAUAACACUAGAAUCACUUGAAAAGCUAUGUAGAUUACACCAACAUUUCUCAGAAAUUGUACAACAAAAAUCCAAAUUCACCAAGGCAUGCAAAAAGCCUUAUCUGGAAAUCAAGUGCAAAGAUAACAAAUGCAGCUGUUCAACAGGAAAGAAACAUCAUUGGCAAAAAUACACCAAACCUUCUAAGAUCUUCAAGAAGGUAAAGAAAAGGAAAGCUUUGAAGUUCUUUAAAAGGAAGCCAUUUAGAGGGAAAAAAGAAAAUCAACGAUGUUUUGUUUGUGGAGAAAAGGGACAUUUUUCUAAGAGAUGUCCUAACAAGACCAACAAAGCCGCCAAGUUGAUCAACUCCCUCCAACCUCUAGAAGGUGAUCUAGAAUCCUUGUAUUCUGAACAAAGCUCUGCCAAUGAAGAAACCAUUUUCGCUCUUCAAAACUCCUCUUCAGAUGACUUUUCUUCAGACGAAGCAUCGUUCGCUGAAUCAUAA